UCCUCACAAUACAAUGAAAUCGCACCGACGAAAGAUACAAAACAAAACAAAAAAGAUACAGGAAAAGCAAAGAAAGGGAUAAUUGGGAUAAAAAGAGGAAAGAGAAAAAUAAAGAAAGCCAAGGAAGAGAAACACGGGCAAACAUUUUAAAAGAGGAACUUCCAAUUUUCCAUCUGCCAGUUGUAUAAAAAAAGAAGAGAAGAUAAUUUAGAACCUUUGGUCAAUGCAAGCAUCCAGCGACUCCACUUUCUGUUAAACCAUAUUUCCUCCAAGUUAAGGUGUCUCAGACUCAUUUCCUUUACAGACAGUCCAAGAUAGGUAGCUUCCCUAAUUGUUAAUAUGAUUAAUAAACCUUAACCACGUUCUUUCUUUUAAUUUUACUUCUGUUAAUUCCCACCAACCAUGACUCCAAAUUCAAUAAUACUAGAUUUUUUUCCAUCCAUCUCUGUGAUCGCUAUCCAUUCCCUUCUCCCGGAAACUAAGGGGCUGAAGCAGCCAGUCCCCGCAUUGAAGGGGGUUGGACUAGAUGACCCUCACGGUCCCUUCCCACUCUGCAGUUCUAUGUAUCUGUGAAUUCACGAGUCCUUUCCCCAUUUUUCCUUCUGAUAUUGCAUCAUUCCCAGAGGCCACUGAUCAUGAGGGGCCAUCAUAGAGACUCCCCCUCCCCCUUUUGCUCCUUUAGAAAAAAAGGAAAAUGUCCCCCACCCCCUUGGCAUAGCUUGGGGUUCACUCUUUUGUGGCAGCCCUUCGUUCUUCUUCCUCCUUUCUCAGUGGCUCAGGCUUGGCUCCAUCCCUUUCGGCACUCAACCACUUGACUUUGCUAUUAGCGAGAAUGAUAAAGCUACACCUGUUUGCCCCAAAGACCCAUCCCACGGGUGGAAAACUGAGCAGAAAGGUGAGAAUCAGCCAGUGUCUCAAUGAGCACAGGAACCUUUCUGCACCAUCUCAGAAGUCUGGCUCCACAAGGAGACCAUGCGGUCAUUUGUCCCUAGCUAUUAUGGAGAUGCAAGGAGGAUGAAGACCUUGACAGUGACGAAGCUGUGGUGCCUGGUCGCCAUCUUCUGCGGAUUGCUGGUUCCAUCGCAAAGUCUCGGCCUGGGCGGUCUUCUUGGUUCAGGCUCAGCAAAGUCUGAAAAAGGCAGUGAUUCUGGCAAAGGUGGUCUACUCGGUGGUCUUGGAGGCGGCCUGCUCAGUGCUGUCGGAGGAGGAGCCGUAGAUGGAGUACUUGGAGCUGUUGGUGGUGGAGGCGACAGCAAAGGCGGCGGCGGCGGCUUGCUUGGAGCUGUUAGUGGUGGAGGAGGAGACGGUGGAGGUGGUCUACUCGGUGGUCUUGGAGGCGGCCUGCUCAGUGCUGUCGGAGGAGGAGCCGUAGAUGGAGUACUUGGAGCUGUUGGUGGUGGAGGCGACAGCAAAGGCGGUGGCGGCGGCUUGCUUGGAGCUGUUAGUGGUGGAGGAGGAGACGGUGGAGGUGGUCUCCUUGGUGCUGUUGGAGGUGGCGAUGGAGGUGGCCUUCUUGGCGCUCUUGGCGGAGGAGAUGGCCUGCUCGGUGGUGGAGGAGGCCUUCUUGGCAACGCCACCGGAGGUCUACUUGGUGGGGGUGGUGAAUCUGGAGGUGGCGGCCUGCUCGGUGGUGCUCUGGGCGGCAAUCUCCUCGGCAAAGAUGGCCUCCUGGGUGGUGAUCUUCUUGGUGGAGAGAACGGCCUUCUUGGUGGAAACCUACUUGGUCUGGGAGGUCUCCUUGGCGGGGGAGGAUCCAAGGAGCCAUUCCAAUGGUUUAAUGCUGUGAACCUUGAGGUGGUUGGAGGAUCCUGGAAGGUCAUCCAUGGAAAUGAGCUACAGCUCAACUUACAUGCAACCAUUACGACUAAUUUGCCAGGGGUGCUCAGUUUUCUUAGCGGAACUUCGGUGGUGAUGGACAUCAGCCCUCACCUGGCGCUCACCCAAGACAAACCAGGAGAUCUCAAGCUGGUCCUUAAGAACUGCCCGGAUAUGGUCGCUGGCUUCAGCAUCAAGCUGCCAAGCAGCUUGCUUGCAAACCUGUUGAGUGGCGUCAUCAAUUCCGGCCUCCGUACCGUCCUGCCUUCAGUGAUGUGCCCAGUGUUCCAACUCUGGUUCAAUCUUGUCAACAUGCAACUCCAAGCUCUCAACAAAUACGCCUCCUUCGGGCUCCUUGGGAGACUCCAGACAGCUCUCGCCAGCGUGCCAAUUUCAACGGGACAGUUUUCUGAAAUGGACUUGAAGGACAAGCCUUUUCCGGGAGCCUUCCUCAAGUGGCUACUCGACUUUGCCCGUUCUUUUGGUGGACACAAGACUCGCUGAUGGGCUUCUGCAAGCAUCCGGAUGAAGCUUGCCAGCAGCUCCUCUGGCUUCUCGGCUCAUGACCUCACAGACCUUUCAUUGUCUUCGCAAGGCGCCUCAGGACAAAAUCCAGAUUGUGAACAGCACCCUCCUUGACAGGUGGAGCUGAAUUGAGGGGUGAAUCCUUUUUGUGGCUCCCUUAACUCACCCUUCCUCAUCUUCUCCAUGGUGCUGAUGGAUGCUGUGCCCCAACUUCUCUAUAGCAGCCCCCCAAAUGCCAGGAGACCAUAUUCUCCCUUAAACUUGCAUAUACCUUGUCCAGCCUUUCCCAACCUGGUGCUCUCGAGAUCUUUAGGAUAUUUACAACUCUCAGUCCCAGCCGGGGCAGGUGAGCUGGGAAUUGUAGCCAAGGAGGUCCUUGGCUCACCACCCGCCUUGCAAGCAGAAGGUUCCAGGUUCUACCCCAGACAGCAUCUCUAGGCAGGCUUGGAAGAAACUCCUUCCUGAAAUCCUGGAAAGCUGCUGCCAGUCAGUGUAGGCAAUACUGAGCUAGAUGGCUGGUGGUCUGAGUCUGCAUAAGGCAGUUUCCUAUGUAGUCCAAAACAUAAUGAGGGCACCAGGUGGAGAAAGACUCGGAUAGACCAGAGCGAUUUAGUCAAACACCCAAAGUAAGAGGUACAGGUCCAACCCAAACUCCUAAGAUUUGGCUACAGGUCCCAAUUUGUCCACAGACCCACUGUGUUGUCUUGGGCAAGUCCUUGCUCUCGCCCUCAGUUAUUCAGUCUGCAACAUGGGGAGAAUCGAAGCCUACAGGGCUGGUGUGAGGAUGAAGGAGACCAGCUGGUGUUGCUGGCUGCCCUGAUCCCUGACGAGAACAGCGGCCAGACACAAAGGCAAAAGAAAUGGGAACCAGUAGCUCGUGCCCUUAGAUAUGGGGUCACAAACAUCCAGCAAGGCAUCAUUGCUUGUUCUGGAGCGUUCCAGAACACCCUGACUGCUAAAUCAGACCCAAGGGGGUCCAGUGGGGUUCUUCAAUAAACAUACAGUGCCGCUGGGAAACCCACAAAAGUGGAGUCUGUGACCCUAUCAAUGACAGUGUCUUGCAUUAGCUCCACACAUGCAUCAAAAUUAAGUCACGUUCUCUGAGACAAAGCAUGCCUACCUUCUCAGAGCCUGAUGCCCAAUUCAGCAACACGAGGAGGGUGGCUGCUCGCCACCAGGCUAGCUCAAGGCCAAGUUUCCCCUGCACAAACUUUCAGAAUAUGGUCUCAGCAAGCAGAUUCUCCUCACAGCAUCCUUUCACAAACUCGGCCAUGAGCCCAAGGCCACUCUCUCUUCAUAUGUGGGUUUCAACUUUCUCAUGGGACAGCUCCCUAGAUGAGGACCAGGGAAGCUUUACUUCCACCCCAGUGUCAGGUGGGUGUCUUAGUUGCUGGUGAUAAACAGACAUUAAAGAAUAUCUGCUGUAGCUAAUUAUUGUUAUUAAUAGAAUUUCUAUACAGCCCAUCCGAGGAUCACGGGGCAGUUCACAAUAUAAAAACAUAUGCUUGCUUUCAUUUCCUUGAGGUCCAUCAGCACAAACAGAUCGGAUAAGAGCAAGCAUGUAAAUAAGGUAUCUUACAAUUAUAACAUUAAUUCAGUUCUGCAAGGGACACAAAUUACUCGCAUAAAAAUUGCUGGUGCGAAGAGGCAACGUUUCCUACUUAGACAAAAACCAGAACUCCCUAGAGAGAAAGAAAACCAUUGCUUUACGGACCCGGAGCAAUUAAUUGAUUGGAAGGGUUGAUAGGUAAUCAAUUUGUAGCCUGAAUGAGGAACAGGAAAACCUAGACCUGCAGAAAUGCUUGCUCUGUUGCCCGUUUGAUCAUUUCGACAUUUUCUAAUUUAAGGAUUAAAAAUGUGCAAUCAUUAAAAUCCAGCAGGGCAUAACAAUCUAUUAAAUUCGUAAAAUAUAAAGCACUGAACUCCUCAAUAUCUAACUUUAAAAAUCCAAUUUAAGAAGUCCUCCAGUUAGCUGAAUACUGGGGGUUUUGGAUGAAUACUAAGAAGGGAGAAUCCCAUAGGCUUACGCCCCCGUCUGUAGUUACUGCAUUGCCUGCACAUCUCUUUCUCUCUGGGGGGGGGGGGCUCAAGUCCAGGGGGUUCCCUAGAGCCCAGGCACUGAUCUGCUGGGCUUCAGCGGUCACCACAUCAUGUGCCUUUGGACUAUGGGUGCUAUUCAGUGUUCCUCAUGCUCAGAGUAGAACCACUGAAAUCAGUCGCACCCAUUGAUUUCCAUGGGCCUACGUGGCUGUGGCUUACACACACAUACAUGCCUACUUGGAAGUUUGAACAAACUUAAAAGUUCAGUAGACUUGGGACUGAUCCGGACUUCCUUCUGUGCCGCCCUUUCCAGGUCUGUGUCUUCCACCACCACUUCCCCCAGGAAAAUGGGCUGCUUAUUGCUGAAACGGGACAAACAUUAAUCGCGUUUUCUAUGAGUUGCUGUUUGUUCUGAUUCAGCAGGUUUUCUGGGGGGGGGGAGCUGGAGGACGAAGGGGGGGAAAAUGCUUGGAUGCAAACGUGGAAAGCAUAGUCCUGUGUCUGGAAAGCGUGGCACCAAAAGGACUCUGGAUGAGCCCUUGCUCUCAGGGAAAUGUGUAGAGGAUUGCAGCCUUAACCAACAUUAAGGAAUGAACAGCAGAAGACUUCCUUUGGACCAGGCAUCCCCAAACUGCGGCCCUCCAGAUGUUUUGGCCUACAACUCCCAUGAUCCCCAGCUAACAGGACCAGUGGCUGGGGAAGAUGGGAAUUGUAGUCCAAAACAUCUGGAGGGCCGAAGUUUGGGAAAGCCUGCUUUGGACAAAGAACUUCCCAGAUCUGAUCUUUGGCAUAACUAGUUAUGUAGACGAAAGACCCCUUUCCGGUGCCCUGGAGAGCUACUGCCUGCUUUUGCCAAGCUGGUGCCCUCCAGAUGUUUUGCACCGCAACUCAUGUCAGCCCCUGAGAACACACCUUCAUCGUCCUUUUCUUGCCAAGUUAAGGCAUUUUCUUUCUUUCUUUUAUGUUCCCAAGCUUUUUGAUUUGCAAUUGGAUCUUGCCGCUGCUUGUUUUACGGAGCAUUCUGUGGCUUUUUCCUUACGCUGUUUAACUUUGUCCUUAUAUUCUUUAUUAUUUUCAUCUUCUGUGAACUGCCUAGAGGAUGUAAUUGAAGGGGGGUCUUAAAUCAGAGGUUCCAAAGUGGGUGGUACCCCCCCCUGGGCAGGAGUUACCUUGGAGGGCACUAAGAGGCAAGGGGGUGUCAGGGGGUGCUGAAGCUGGGCCUCUCUAAGAAGUGCAUCAGUCGCUUAUUUACAAUUGACCGGGCUAGAACCUAAAGCAGAACACUUUCCUUGCUUCAUGUUUAAAGCUUCAGUGCUCUUAUCACUUUCAAAGCUAUUUCCUUUGGUCAUGUCUCUUCUUCCUGGGUUGUCAUGAGUCACAAGAUAGCCGAUAAUUCGUAAUAGGUCUUGGUUUUCUUUUCAAUUAGUUGCAGCGCAUCUGCAACAGGUGUAGGUUUGUUUUGUAAGGAGCUAUAUAUAAAUACUUUAUGCUAUUAAUUUCCUACUAUGUGUUCAUGAGUAAGAAUGUGUAAAAAAAAAUUCACUAGAUCAAGUCCAUCAUUUUUGUUGCAUUAAUGAAAUAGUUUGAAAUGGGAUUUUGAAUAAACGCACAAUUAAUUCCUACUGUUUUGAAUUUCAUCGUGCAAUUAUCCCCCUUAGGGGGUCAUGCAAACCACUGUUCUGAAUAAUACCUUUCAUAGGGUAGGGGGUACAGGGAAUGAGUUCAUGGAACCAAGGGGUCAGAGUCUCCAGAAAAAGUGUGGGAAAUACUAUCUUAAAUGUAUAUAAUAAAUAAAUAAGCUGGACCUGA